AUGAAUCUCCUGAAGGAGCUUUGUCGGGCGCACCACGUGGAAGGAUACUCCAGGAAGAAUCCGCUUGCGAAAGAGCUAUUCCUACAAGCGCUCCUUUGGUCGUGCGAUCCCAACUGUAAUGCUUGUUCAAAUGGGUAUGUUUUGAGAAGGCAACAAGCGGCGAGUCCCGUGACUCUGCCCCCAUCGCUUCCCCAAGCACAGAGCAUACGCAUCAAAACCUGUUGACGUGCUCCAAACCGAACUGAACGAGGAAGCCCAGAAGAAUCGCGAGAACGUCUCGGCGACUACCUCUAAACAAACGAUGCACAGACGUCCACCGCUGCAUCCCGAACCCGAACAAGAAGAAUCCGGUAAAGUGACAUCGCAUUUUGCGCCAGCAUCCGAUCAGUUCGAGACCGAGAACCGUUCUGAAUGGAAUGAUUACUCAUCGACGCUCGUUCCCGUCUCUUCUGCUGCCUGGUGUGUUCCGAGAGAGUCUUCGGGCAUAACGUACGAUGGGUGCCUGAAGACGACAUCAAGCGUGAGGAAUCAGGGAUUUGGAAGGUAGUAACCAACUCUACACUACGGACGGACCUCCGACCCCCGACUUACGAUUUUUCAGCUUGACGGGGCGCACUCAUCCAUCCCCGACGUCUUCAUCAACCGAGCGAUUUGAUUGAUCAGAUCGCGUACUCGCCCACGAAUAACACGCUUCAGUGCUCACUCUGCCGAGACUGCUUCAAACGCUCGUUCCCUACCACAGUGUAAGGCGCCGCUCCGCUUACGCCUCACGACGACCUCGAGCCAACCUCUGCGGCCUCACGCUUGCCCUCGCGCGUGGCGCCGCCGCGUCUCUUGA